CCCCCCCACGCCCAUUUCGAUCGCAUAUAGAGUGAGCAUCUCGUCCAUCCAUUGCCCCUCGCUCAUCGCUCAUCCCCCCAGCCAGCCAUGUCCUUCAGAGCCUCCCUCCUGCGCGCCCGUGUCCCGACCGCGCCCCUCGCCCGCUCGCCCCUCUCCACCUUUGCCCGUCCCCCAGCGCCCUCCCUCAAAGCCAGCGCCGCCCUCGCCCGUGGCCCCCUGCUCUCCCGCUCGUUCGCGACCUCCCCUGUCAGCCGCCUCGAAGUCUCCCAGCCCCUGGGCGAUGGAGGCACCGAGGAGGCGCCGCACAGUGGUAUCAAUGUCGACCGCAGUGUGAGGAUGGACACCUACCCUCCCCCUUCGCCUGGCGAGGACUUCAACGUCGUCAUGAUUGGUGCCGGGAACAUCAUGUUUGGUUCAGACGAGGGUCCUUGGAACCACUCUUUCCGAUUCGAGCACAAGCUUGGUCCACGACUCAAGGUCACUGCCCUCAUCGACCCUUCUAUCGGUCGAUCCGAAGCGGUCCUUGACGGCAAGCGUCAAUCCUUUGUCGAGUCGGCCUACAAGGACACCAAGGUGUACAGGACUAUCGAAGACUACCACGCCGACCUCCGCGCCAAGAACCAGUACGACCCUCACGCCAUUGUCGUCGGCUGUCCCCCUGCCUACCGAGGUGGUACCACCAAGGGCACCGAUCUUGAGAUCCAGCUCAUCAAGCUCUUCCCCAAGACUGCCUUCUUCAUUGAAAAGCCCGUCGGUACCGGAACUGUAGAAGCCGCCAAGGCCGUCACCCAAAAGCUCAUUGACAAUGGCAACAUUGUUUCCGUCGGCUACAUGCUCCGAUACCUCCGUUGCGUGCAAAAGAUGAAGCAGAUCAUCCACGACAACAAUCUCACCGUCAUGGCCACCAACGCCCGAUACUCGUGUGCCUACGAGGCUAUCGCCAAGCCUGCUUGGUGGAACAAGGCUAUCGACAUGGGACCCGUCAUCGAACAGGGCACCCACUUCUGUGACUUGUCCAGGUACUUUGGUGGUGACGUCGACAUUGACACUGUUGUCGCCCGUUCCGUCGAGUGGUACGAGGAUCCCGGAAAGCUCUCCAAGAUUCCCAUCGACGAGAGCAAGAUUGACGAAGAGCUCCGUAUUCCCCGUUUGACCACCGCCAUCUGGAAGUACGACAAUGGUGCUUGUGGUUCCUUCCAACACGCCGUCGCUCUCCAGGGCCACGACUACUCUUGCGAGCUUGAAGUCUGGGCUGAUGGCUUCCACAUGAGGCUUGUCGACCCUUACAACUCUCCUGCCCUCUACGUCCGACGACCCGGAGACGACCAUGAGGAGCGACACCACUUUACCGACGACGACCCCUUCUUUUCUGAGGUCUCUUCGUUCAUUGACGCUAUCGAGGGUGGACCCGACCCCCACAUCCUUUCAUCUUUCGAGGAUGCCACCAAGUCUUACGAGCUUACCUGGGCUAUCCGUCUCGCUGCCGAGGCCUCCAAAAAGGUCAAGGCCUGAACCUAAUGUCUUCUUUCUUCUGCCCAGAACAUUGCCUGCGUUGAAUUCAAAAGCGUUUCAUACCUCAUUGAGUCACUUGUACAAAUAAAAAAAAAUGCAGAUUCUUCCAUAAC